CUUCAUUUUGCGCCUCACUUUUACUUUUACGCAAUGCCUCCCAAAAAACGAGCCGCGGACUCAGCUAAUCCAGAGCCGACUUUAAGCAAAGUUUCUGCGGAGGAAACAGCUGGGACGGAGAAAUCUGGCGCAGCCGCGGUGCGUAAACGUACUCAUCCGACCACAGCCGCCAUGGUGCGAGAGGCGCUGAAAGAUCUGGACUCACGGAAAGGAGUGUCGUCCCAGGCGAUCCAGAGCUUCAUUAAGCAGAAGUACCCGUCUGCGGAUGGGGUGAGGUUGAAGUACUUGAUCCGCACAGCCUUGAAAAGAGGGAUGGAAACCGGGACUUUGGUGAGGCCGGUCAACCCCAGUGUGACCAGCGGUGCGCUCAGAAAAUUCAGGCUUGCUCCAGAAAAACAGCCAAAGGCUAAAACUGAAAACACAAAUCCAAAUGUGCAAAAAGCACCAAAAGCAGCCAAAGAUGGAGUCAAAAAGACUGAAAAAGCUGGUUCCACCAAGAAGAGUUCUGCAAAAGAUGAGUCUGCAGAGAACAUGAAGCCUUCUAGAAAAUCAAAGAAAGCUGCUGAGGCUGCAUCAUCAAAUGUGCCGAAAGCAGCCAAAGAUGGAGUCAACCAGAUCCAAUCAGCUGGUGUGCCCAAGAAGAAUUUUUCAGAAGUGGAGUCUGCAGAGGACAUUAAGCUCUCCAUGAAACCAAAGAAAGCUGGAGAAUCUGCACCCUUGAAGGUUGUUCCUGCAAAGAAGCCAAAGGCGAAACAAAGCAGUGAGGGAAACUCUGACUCAACCAAAUCUCAAGCUACAAAGGACAUUAAGCUCCCCAGGAAAUCAAAGAAAGCUAGAGAAUCUGCAUCCUUGAAGGUUGUUCCUGCAAAGAAGCCAAAGGUGAAACAAAGCAGUGAGGAAAACUCUGACUUAACCAAAUCUCAAGCUACAAAGGUGACCAAAGAUGAAAAGACCGGAAAGGCAGCCCAGAGUAAAGCUGCUGAAGCGCACAAUGAUGAUCCUGCCCCCAAAGCAGCUGGAAAACGAGGAAAGAAGAUGGAGUAAACUUGGGUUAUGAUUUUAAACAGAUUUUAAACUGUUCCUUUUUCAAUAAACUUAAAAUCUUUAGCAAUCUUGUUCUGAACUGA